GACAUUUGUGUGGAGGACCUCGGGAGUGCGGGACGUGUUCAUUCGUGGAGGUCCGACAGCAGCACCUCUAGAGCCGGGUUACUGGGAGCAGUGGGCACACUGGUGCCUGAGCCCUCUGUAGUGACUCUACCACUACACUCAAUUAGGCUAUGUGAUUUUAUUUUUAUUUUUUUAUUUUUUUUUUCACCACUCAACACAACAUUUCUUUUGUUUUGUGUUUCAUUUUUUUCCGCUUUACUUUAGGAUUUGGUGUCUCCGGUGGUCCGGGCAGCACUCUUCCAUUCGGUGCCUUUUCUGUUAUCAUUUUUGUGUUUCAUUGAGUCACCUUCCUCUGCGACUACUAACUUUGGACCUCCGAAGACAGCCUGUCGCCAGUCGGAGAGGGGGGAAAAGGAGAUUUGACACCGAGCAGAGAGCCUAUAUUUGUCCGCCUGAAGAGGAAGGAGGAACAGCAAGCUCCCCUGUCGCCACCUCCGCCACCAGCCUCCACUCACCGCACGGAGGAAGCAGCAGCAGGAGGAAGCAGAGGAGGAUUUAGCCUGAAUUACGCCAAGGGAUAUAACCGUGGAGGAGAUUUGACGAUCUCAGAGGUGCUCGGCACAAUGGGACUCCUAAACCUCUGAGGGGCCAGCACAAAAGGCCGAGGGGAAGAAGGAAGAAAAAAGCUGAGGGAGGGGGAAAAGUGGACAAAAGAGGAGAAGGUGGAACAGAAGAAGGAGGGCGAGCAGAGAGCUUUCUGGGCGGAGCCUGAGAGGGAGGAGGGAGGUUUGAAAGGAGGGAUUUGCUCGAUCUGUCGGGGGUGCAUGCUCCCCCCUAAUUCCCCCCCCUCCCACUUGGACAUCCUCCUUUUUAUUUUUUUUUCUGCAUCAGUGACGGGCCGACAAAAGGAAAAGAAUGCGCAAUAAAGUAAGUUUGGGACUCCUCGGGGCGAGCAGGGGCCUCGACGUGAGACUACCCAGGACUAGAGCAUUGCUGCUGGGCCUGCUGCUGGCCGUGGCCGGCUGGCGCCCUCUGGCGGUCUGUGCGGACGUGGAGAUUGACGUGCUGGGUGAGAUGGUGCUGAUGGACGGAGACGGCGAGCGGCUGGGCCGGCGGAGCGACCUGGAGGCCUCCAUGCACUCGUCGCUGCUUCAGGACUUCCAGGAAGCGACGGAAGGUAUCCGGGCGGUUCCCGUGGAGACCGGGGAGGCCGCGGCGACUCAGCAGAACGCAGCCACGCCCACCGCCUUCCCAGACUCCUCGGCUGUCGUGGGGCGGAUCUUCCAGAUGACAGUGCCAAACAAGAUGGAGGAUGUUUACCUGGGAGACAUCGUCAAGAUCACAGAGAUGGGGAAGGACUCACUCCCUGCCUGGCUGCACUGGGACGCCACCAGCCGGACCCUGCAGGGUCUCCCUUUGGAGGAGGACAAAGGUGUCCAUUACAUCUCGGUGUCCAUCUCCAACCACACAAAAUCCUCCACUUCUUCAGAGGUGUUCUCCAUCGAGGUCCAUCCUGAAGAUCAUCUGGAUGCAGAUUCGGCCCAGCUGACUUCCAACCAGGCGUCCACUGACAGCGACCUCCAGCCGUUCACGUGUAGCAAUGAGGAGCCGGUCACGGUGCUGACGGUGAUCCUGGAUGCAGAUCUGACCAAGAUGAGCUCCCAGCAGAGAGUGGCGCUCCUGGACGACAUGAGGACCUUCUCUGGGGUGGAGCUCCAGCACAUGAAGAUCCUCCCUGUGGUCAACAACAGGCUGUUUGACAUGUCUGCGUUCGUGGCCGGGCCGGGGAACGCCAAAAAGGUGGUGGAGAACGGUGCUCUGUUGUCCUGGAAGCUCGGCUGCUCGCUGGACCAGAACACGGUCCCAAAAGUCGUCAGUGUCCAGGAUCCGGCAAAGGAAGGCACCAUGUCAGCCAAGCUGGGCUACCCCGUGGUGGGAUGGCACAUCGCCAACAAGAAACCCCACGUCCCUAAACGUGUGAGGCGCCAGUUAAACAACACGCCAACACCUGUUCUGGCAGUUCUUCCUCCAACGACUGUGGUGGAGCCUCCAGUGAGGAUAAUUCCAACCCUCUCCUCUCCCUCCAUCGCUGCCCCAACUGAGAGCUCUGCCCCCCCUGUUAGAGGCCCUGUCCCCCUUCCAGGAAAGCCAACAAUCAGAGUGCGUGACCCUAUUGCCCACACCCCAACCCUGGGACCCCCUCAACCAACGAAAGUAAUGGAAACUACCAGCACCAUUCCUAUCCAGCCAACCAUGACCAGGCCUACUUUCGUGGAGGCCACCGCCACACCACCUGCACCAACUAGAAGACCCACCAGGAAACCUAAGAAAAUCAGAACCACACCAGCGCCCAGAGAGCCAAAGACUUCCACAGCCAAGCCGUCCAGGCGCACCACGCCAUCACCUGCCGUCAUCCCAGACCCCCACAAUGUGAAGCCUAUCCUACGUAACCCCAUUGACCAGGUCAGUGCGCUGGUGGGGACCUACUUCGAGGUUAAGAUCCCGUCUGACACAUUCUUUGAUAAUGAGGACGGGACAACAGACAAGCUGCGUCUCACUCUGAGACAGAACCACAAUGAAGUGGUAGGAGAGGGCUCCUGGAUCCAGUUCAACACCACCAGCCAACUCCUCUACGGCCUUCCUGAUGUUCAGCAUGUGGGAAAACAUGAAUACUUCAUGCAGGCAACUGACAAAGGAGGCCUGAAUGCCAUUGAUGCUUUUGAGGUCCGUGUGAACCGCUGGCCCGCCAAUGACAAGACCCCGGUGAUCUUCACGGCCCGAUUCGAUGGUGAGCCACGUUCAAUAACCAACGACAUCCACAAGAAGAUCCUUCUGGUCAAGAAGCUGGCGUACGCGCUGGGAGACCGCAACAGCAGCACAGUCAGCCUACGAAACAUCAGCAAAGGCUCCAUAGUGGUGGAGUGGACCAACACGAGCCUGCCGCAGCACCCGUGUCCAAAGGAACAGCUCGCAGUCAUGAGCAGGACGCUCGCCAGCGCCGAUGGGAAACCCUCACAGACCUUCAGGUACACGAUGGAGCCUGAGUUCAGACCGCUGGACGUCAUGGUGAAGGGCAGGGCGAGCUGCAGAACAUACUCCUUUAUCCCACCAGGAGAGAUCGAUCUCCCAGAACCCCCUGCAGUCACUCCUGCUCUGGGAACGGGCCGGCAGAGCACGGAUGACGUGUAUCUCCACACAGUCAUUCCCGCCGUGGUGGUGGCGGCGAUCUUGUUGAUAGCGGGGAUCAUUGCGAUGAUCUGUUACAGGAAGAAACGAAAGGGCAAGCUGACCAUCGAGGACCAGGCCACCUUCAUCAAAAAAGGCGUGCCAAUUAUCUUUGCAGAUGAACUCGACGACUCGAAGCCUCCUCCAUCGUCCAGCAUGCCCCUGAUUCUGCAGGAAGAGAAGCCCCCACUUCCUCCCCCCGAGUACCCCAACAUGGCCACUCCAGAGACCACUCCCCUGAACCAGGAGCUACUGGGGGAGUACACAGCUCUGCGAGACGAGGACCCCAACGCGCCCCCCUACCAGCCGCCGCCUCCCUUCACCACUCCCAUGGAGGGCAAGGGCUCCCGUCCCAAGAACAUGACUCCCUACAGAUCUCCACCUCCCUACGUGCCGCCCUAAGACUUGUUUCACCCUCCUCUCGUUGGGUGGAGGGGGAGGAUGCCUGAGGAACUGUGACGGUUUCCAUUCUGGUGUUUGUCUGUCUGGACUUUUACAGGGAGAGAUGACAAGAGGUGCUAAAGUACAAAACAGUUACAGGGGACUUUGGUGUGGGAGGGGGUGGGGUUAGACAGGUGGGAUGAUUGGUUCAAACAGCUGGGAGGGACUACUGUUUCAGUGGUAGCCCAGCUACUACAGUGGCCUAAGACAAACAAAUUCUCGUCACGUUGGCUUUUGGAUCGACCAGUUGGUCAGGAGUGACGAUUUGGAGACGAGCUCUCCCAUCCCAGCAUUUCAUUUGUUUAUCUGUUGGUUUAAAAUACUGGCUUUUACUUUGUUUUUCAUCAUUAUCCCAAGGUUAUUAUUAUUCUUUCUUUUUUUUCUGGACUGAACCGUUUGCCUAACAACUCUUCUUUUGUCUUGCUUUUAAAUAAUACGAGGAGACGGUGAACUGCCAUCAGACCACUGCAGGCAGCAGCUCGUGUUUUUAAUCAGGACAGUGAGAUUCUCUGAAUAUGAAAAAAGCUGUCACAAGGAUUUCAGAUCAGCCCUGCAGACGACACAAGAGAAUGGGAGGCCGAGGUGUGUGUGUGUGUGUGUGUGUGUGUGUGUGUGUGGGCGCGUGUGUGUGAAUGAGUGGGUGUGUUAUUCAGAUUCAAUACGGUUUGCCUUUUAACACUCGUUGUCUGUUUCUAUCCUUAUUCACAAUGUCUAGUAAAGAUGAGUAUAACAAGGUAGCCUAAAAAAGAUUUAGAGAUGAAUAAUAAAUAAUUUGUUUGUUUCAUUGGUUUUAAAAUUCACUGUAUAUCUGGAAGAUGUUCUGAUAGAUUGUGUUAUAUUUUUUUGGUGGUGGAAGAAAGCGGAAAAGAGAAGGGACUGCCUCGCUAAAAUAGCCUGCAGAAGUUCUUUAUUCCUGUUCUGAUGUAACAAAAAGAUGAAAAGUCUUACCUUCCUCGGCUGCUCAGCAGAUCUAACGAGGUGUUAGAAAACAGUGCGCGGUCAGGUUAAUGUGAGAACAUAUAAACUACUGUGUUUAUUAUAAAAUAGUUUGUCUAACCAACUUGGACAUGCAGAGUUUGGAUUUGUGGAUUUGGAUGCAAAAUGUAACAUUUUAUGCAUUUAAGUUCAUCCAAUUGGACCUCAAUUUGGCGACACCGUUGGCUGAGGUUAAUAAAACAACAGUAAAAGCAAAAUCCGCCUUUUUCUACUUCAACAUGAAUGCAAACAGGAAAAGAAACCCUUCAGUUUAUUUUGGACCAGGGAUAAUUAUUUUUUUAUGUAACGAGGCAGUUCUUCUCGUCGUGUGCCAUGAGACGGUCCCAGGCGGGAUUGUACAGAUUCUCACGUUUUGGAGGUCACAGAGGAGACGAUUGAGGCUUCAGAUUCAGAAGGAACAGAGAAUUUCCAGCAAUUAGCUCACUGAAAAACGGUCAAUCAAAAAUCUCCUUCUAAUUUUUUUACCAAGUUUUUGAUACAGCCUCAAAUUGUUUGAUUAUUAAAAGAAACACAUGAUUAAUGAUUAGUCUUCUGUGAUUUGUAAAAUCUUAGCCUAGAAGUUCAAUUAUGAUUCAAUUAUGUACACUUUUCCUUUUUUUUUUUGUCAUGGGUCACAUAUUUCAAGUGUUUUAUUUUAUCGUGUGUGUUUGCAUAUCAAAAAUGUAUCUCCCACUAUACAAAGAUGGAAUGACCCAUAUUUUAUGUAAUCACAAAUUUUAUUUUUAUGUCCUAAUGUUUGCUAAUGAGUUUCAACUGAAAGUGACCCUUUGCAAUAAUAAUGUAAGGUGGCUGGGCGACGCAGGCUCCAGCCAGUGACUCGUAUUGUCAUGAUAUUGUUGGUUUUUGCAGGAUGCCAAGGCUUUUUGCUUAUCGAGUGUGCAUUGUCAUAAUAAAACCAACUGGUACGAUUAAAACAAAG